AUGGGGUUUAUACUUAAAGGUAUUUUCGGUUUGGCUCUAGCGUUUUUAGGGUAUUUGUUUUAUGCGAAAUUAUGUAAGGUACCCGAAGUUCCCCAUUUUCCAGAAGAUACUUGGUGGGGUAAAAGCGAGCCUGUUAAAGAAGAUACUAGCAUUAAACCAUUUAAAAUAAAUGUGUCAAAAGAGAUUUUAGAUGAUCUCAAGCAUAGACUGGAUAUUGCUUUACCUAUGCAACCACCAUUAAACGGUGUGGGGCAACAUUAUGGCAUGAACUCGAAUUUAUUGCAAAAAAUCGUCAACCAUUGGAAAAACAAAUAUAAUUGGUCAGAAAGGCAAAAGUUUUUAAACCAAUACCCCCAAUACACCACUCAAAUCCAAGGACUCGAUAUCCAUUUUCUCCAUGUAAAGCCAAAAGUAGAUAAGGCUUCAAAUGUUAAAGUUCUUCCUUUGAUGCUGCUUCAUGGAUGGCCCGGCUCGGUUAGGGAGUUUUACGAGGUAAUCCCGUUACUAACUAAACCACAAAAAGGGCGGAAUGUCGUAUUUGAAGUCAUCAUUCCAAGUUUGCCAGGGUAUGGAUUUUCAGAGGCUACCAACAAGCCUGGCAUGAAUGCGGCUAGGAUGGCACAAAUUUUCAAAAAACUUAUGGAUAGAUUGGGACAUAAGAAAUUUUAUGUACAAGGUGGUGACUGGGGUAGUUCCGUUGCAACUUACCUAACUAUCCUAUACCCAGCUAGUUUAUUUGGUACCCAUUUGAAUUUUUGUCUGUGCCUUUCAAAUAUGUGCUCCUUGAAAUUGUGGCUGCUAGGAUCAACAUUCCCUUCGCUGAUCGCCACAGAAGAAGAAAUUCCGUUGUUCACGCCAGUCGGUGAAAAAUGGUUUACAGACAAAAUGUUGGAGUCUGGAUAUUUGCACAUUCAAGCUACCAAGCCUGAUACUGUGGGUACAGCGUUGAGAGAGAGUCCAGUGGGGCUUGCAGCCUAUAUUAUAGAAAAAUUCACUACCUGGACUAAUCCAGAAUGGAAGGAUCUUGAAGAUGGAGGCCUCACUAGAAAAUUCACUUACGAUCAGUUACUAGACAAUGUAAUGAUUUAUUGGGUCACCAGAUCCAUUACCACAUCACAGAGGCUCUAUUCUGAACAGUUCAAUCAUAAAUUUAGAGCUUUAGGAUUUGAUAAUAUACCAACACCCGCUGAAGUUCCAAUUGGUUGUGCCAAUUUCAAACAUGAAAUCGUUCAGCAACCAGAAUCGCUAUUGAGAUUGAAGUACUUGAAUCUACAACAUACAAACAGUUACAAUGACGGUGGUCAUUUUGCAGCGUUUGAGCUCCCGGAUAUGUUCUCUAAUGAUAUUUAUGAAUUUGUUGAGAAAAUUAAUGAUAAAUAAAUACUUUUUUAUUUUGUGUAUUUC